AAACGAACGAAGGAUCAACCAAAAAUUAUUGUGAAUGUAAAGAUUUCGUCGAAGAGUUUUAAUUAUUUAAUGUUAAUUAAUCAGAUGUGAGACAAUCACUUAUUGAUCUCCUUGUUUCAUAUCCUCAGGUCGAGUACAAUGAUUUGUGAUCCAUUUUUACGUUUAUAAACAAAUUCGAAUCAAGCAAUCAAAUUUUUAAAAUAAAUUUCCUAGUGAUAAUUAUCGCUAUUAAAAAUGUUCAAAGAAGACGCUCUUUUGGAUGAUGAUCCUAUUGAAUUCAAGGGAGGAAAAUUGACUUUGAGUACAGAUGAAACAGAAAGUGAAAAACCUCUCCUUAACCGAAGAGUUACAAAUGAAACCUCUCUAGCUUUACCUUGGACAGAAGAAGAUCCCAGAUCAUUUUUUUGUUACCGCGAUGAAUUGGUUACCAAUGUAAUGGCAGAAAUCAAACAAUUUCUGGAUAAUUCUCAUAAUAUUAGUGACGUUUGUGGUACUUGGCUACUCACUGAAAUCAGUUUUUGGGAUAACGAACGAGAAAGAGUGGUAGUCUUGACGAAAGAUUAUUUAAUUGUUGUUAAGUACGAUUUUAUCGCUUUAAAAAUACUGAAUCAUUAUAAAAUACCAUUACACGAUAUAGAUACGUUGACCGUUGGCGAUUUGGUUUAUCCUUCGGGUUCCUUAGCACCACACAUAAAUGGAAUAACUUCAGGUGUAAUGCAUGUUCUAAAAAGUUGUGCGUUAAAAGUUGCUCGAAAUAGUUUGACUAAUUUUAAUACGCCACAAAGUAUUAACGAAACUUUCAAUAUUACAUACUUUAAAGCAAGGACCCGAAACAUCACCGGAGUACGUCCGAUGUGGAAUAAAGGAGAGCCAUUAAAAUUUAGCACGAAAUGGAAUCCUUUUUCAAACAGCAUUCCUUGGGCUACAUUUACGUCACAUCCAUUACUAUGGCAUAAAACUGGUAACGAUGAAUACUUGCGUACGUACGAUGUUGACAACUUCGUAUCUCGUUUCAUUAAAGCGGUGCAACAAACUCCUCGUACGUCGAUGUGUCAUAUCCAACAUAAACCUAUCUUACUGCAGAAUUACUUUGGUGUUUUAUCCAUCAUUCAUAAUCGUAAUGGAUUAGGUUUUUUCAAAGUCAGAGGAAAAUUUAGCUUUUAAUGCGAUAUUUCAUUUACAUUCCUUUUUAUGAUUUACUACUCGUAUCGUAAUGAAUCUCUACCACUCAUUUAUUUAUAAUUUACGCUAAUUAUGCUGAACGCCAAAAUCAUGAAGCGUAUGCCUGUAAUUUUGUGCAAUAAUGUGUUUCUUACAAAUGUACCUAUUUAUCUGUUGAAUGGAAUCAAGUUUCAUUUAUGUAUUGAAAAGUUAUCACUAGUUGAAUGUUUGCUUUUAAUGUAAUUUUUUUCUAUUUGAUUAAAAUUUCUGUACUUUU